AUGAGACGUUUGCCUCAGAGUGAUACAGAAGAAGCACAAGCUGCUGUUCCUGCCUUUACUUUUAGUAUGAUAAAAACAAACUUCACCGUGACUGAAUUUGUGUUCCUGGGACUCUCAUCUCAGCCAAAGGUGCAGCUUAUUCUUUUUAUUAUGUUCUUGUUCUUUUAUUUAUUAACAGUGGUGGGGAAUAUUAUAAUUAUCACUAUUAUUCAGAUAGAACCUCGUCUCCAAACCCCCAUGUACUUCUUCCUCACUAAUUUAUCCUUUCUGGAUAUCUGCUACACAUCCACUAAUGUCCCACAAAUGCUGUCCAACAUGAUGGGGAAAAACAUCCCAUUCUCUAGUUGUGCUACUCAGAUGUACUUCUCCCUCUCCUUUGGAAUGAUUGAAUGUGUUCUCCUUGGGGUCAUGGCUUAUGACAGAUAUGUAGCCAUUUGUCAUCCUCUCCAUUAUACUGUCAUUAUGAACCAAAACAUCUGUGUCCAAUUUGCAGCCAUUUCUUGGUCCAGCAGCUUCCUGAGUUCCAUGGUUAUCAACGUCCUCACCUUGAGUUUGCCCUACUGUGGGCCCAACGUCCUGAACCAUUUUUUUUGUGAGGUCCCUUCCAUCUUGAGGUUGGCUUGCACUGACACCUCAUUUACUGAGCUGGUUGUUUUUAUCUUCAGUAUCAUCAUCGUCUUCAUCCCUUUUCUCCUCAUUGUUGUUUCCUACGCCCGAAUCCUCCUAUCAGUUCUCAGGAUACGGUCAGCCUCCGGGAGGCAUAAGGCACUGUCCACCUGUGCCUCCCAUCUGACAGUGGUGGCUUUAUUCUAUGGAACUGCCAUUUUCAUGUACAUGAGACCCCAGUCGAAGUCCUCCAGGGCGGGGGGCAAGAUCAUUGCAGUGUUCUACACUGUGAUCACACCCAUGCUCAACCCCUUGAUCUAUAGCCUAAGGAACCAGGAUGUGAAAGGAGCUUUAAGGAGAGCUAUUGCAAAACAGAGGACAUGA